AGUUUCGGUUCUGUCAACUUUCGAAGAGCUCUGAUAGCAAUGUUCAAAAUAACCGUCCUGUCUGCAUGUCUGCUAGCAUCGUGCUUGGCUGGGAACGAUCACUCGGACGAUUGGGACUCCGGUGCAAAGUACAAGUUCGAAUAUGGCGUCAAGGACCCCCAUACCGGUGACCACAAGAGCCAGUGGGAAAUCAGCAACGAGCACGGUUUGAAGGGUGGCUACACUCUGGAUGAACCCGACGGCACCAAGCGCUACGUUGAGUAUAAGGCCGACAAAUGGAACGGUUUUCAAGCGAUUGUGAAACGCAUUGGACAUGCUGUACACCCACAAUCGUACGGUGCUCCGUUUGUGGUUCGGCACGAGGAUCAGCACCAACAGAACGGCAAUGGAUAUGGCUGGAACGACCAGCAGGCCAGCUCCGGCAACUAUAAUCAGAAUAAUGGAUGGAAAAACGGAGGCGGUGAAAUGCUUGCCACCAGCUAUGCGAACCAGAAAAACUACUAG